CUGAUAUGAUUUCAACACUGGCUCGGCUUUGACAUCUCAACUGUCACUUUCAAUGAAAAAUAAAUAUUUCCUCCGUAGUGUGUCAGUCGCACACAUGUUUUUCACAAAGUUUUGCGAGAUAAAUUUUAGAUUUCAUUGAAAAUUAUGGGUAAAAAGUCCAAAGCGAGCAAUCUUGGACGCUCAUUAAUUAGGGAUCGGUUCAAUCAUGGUGGCCGGCGAACAGUUGACAAUAACUCAAUGCUUCACACAACCGAAGUCCAGGAUGGCUAUGACUGGGGUCGACUAAAUCUCCAAUCCGUCACCGAAGAGUCAUCAUUCCAAGAAUUUCUUCGUACGGCCGAAUUGGCCGGCACAGAAUUUCAAGCCGAAAAGCUGAACAUUGCGUUCGUGAAUCCUAAAAGUACGGUCGGAAUUUUGUCUGCAUCGGAACGUGCCGAGGCAGAAAGGAAGCAUAUUGACAAAAAAAAUCUGCUCAAAGUUCCACGACGACCGAAAUGGACGGCUGAAAUGUCUGCUCAAGAUCUACAGACCAGUGAGAAUCUGAGCUUUCUGGAAUGGAGACGUGGUCUGGCCAUACUGCAGGAAGAUGAUGGUCUGCUAUUGACGCCUUACGAAAAGAAUUUGGAAUUCUGGCGUCAAUUGUGGCGAGUGGUCGAACGAAGUGAUGUGGUGGUGCAGAUUGUGGACGCCAGAAAUCCACUCCUGUUCCACAGUGAGGACUUGGAGAGAUAUGUGAAGGAAGUGAGCGAACAUAAAAUGAACAUGGUGCUGGUGAACAAGGCGGAUUUCUUAACCGAAAAUCAGCGACAGAUCUGGGCGGAAUACUUUCAGUCGAGGAACAUUCAGGUGGCGUUCUUUUCAGCAAUUUUGGCGCAAGAAGAAAUUAAGAAGGAACAACACCAAGAACGGGAAGCCGAAGAACUCAACCGCAUGAGGGAUUUGAAUGUUAGCGAAGUGACGCAACUGGCCAAAAAUUUACUCGAUUCGCUUGUCAAGACGGAGCAACAGUUAAACACAAUUAUCGACAAAAUUGAGGCCCAGUCGUCACCAUCGUCUGAAUCAUCUUCCACAAAAAUCCUAACUCGUUCGGAACUGAUCGAACUAUUCCGUAAAAUACACCACCAGCCCAAAGUCACCGAAGGAUUGACAACAAUCGGGCUGGUCGGCUAUCCGAACGUAGGCAAGAGUAGCACAAUCAAUUCGUUGAUGAUCGAGAAAAAAGUGUCUGUGUCAGCUACGCCCGGCAAAACCAAACACUUUCAAACGUUGUUCUUAGACAAAGAUCUUUUGCUGUGUGAUUGUCCUGGAUUGGUGAUGCCGAGCUUUGUGCUGACCAAAGCUGAAAUGAUUCUGAACGGGAUUCUACCCAUUGACCAGAUGCGUGAUUUUGUUCCUCCGGUCAAUGUUUUGUGCACACAAAUUCCACGUCACAUACUGGAGGAUCGCUAUGGGAUAAUGAUAGCCAAGCCGCCGGAAGGAGAAGAUCCGAAGCGACCACCAUAUGCUGAAGAACUACUGCUGUCUUACGGAUAUAAUCGAGGCUUUAUGACCGCGAACGGUCAGCCAGAUCAGUCACGUUCGGCUCGCUACGUUUUGAAAGAAUACGUCAGUGGGAAACUGCUCUUUUGUCAUGCUCCGCCCGGUGUCGAUCAAAGUGAAUUCCACACGUUUCCCGAUCGUGUUCGCUCCGAGAUCGUCGAACAAAAUCUACCCAAACAACAGCAACGGGCAUUGCGAAUAAGCCGACAUCAAACUACCAACGACAUAGACAGCACAUUCUUCAACCAAUCCACGAACACGGCGUACAUAAAAGGCAAUUCAAACUUUCCGCACAUUCGACAUGGUUCGACUGCCAGCGCAUCGGGGACGUCCAGUGUCAGUGGAUCGAUGCAGGGUCUGAACGCAGUUGUGCAAAUGGAAAAACCAUGGAGGCAUCAGAAGAAGGAGAAGCGCGAAAAAUUACGCAGAAAAUUUGCGCAUUUGGAUGAACAUUAAUUGUUGGCGUUAUUGUUGUUGUAAUGUCGAGACGUUGAUGCGAGGCAGUACAGGCAAUUCGAAGAAAAAUAUAUUUGAAUUUGAA